AUGGCUACCGAGGAUGAGCUUUUGACAUAUGGCAGUGAUGAAAUUGCAGAUGAGAAGAGCGACCAUGAUCCCUCCAGGUCCCCUGGCUCGUCAGCCAAGAUCACGGACAGCAAUGCCGAGCUGCAGGAAAUCAAGGCCCGAGAGGUCAUCGAUGCCUGUAGGAGGAGAGAUAUUGAGAGCCUGCAGGCUCUAGCUGAAUCCCCUGGCGGAUUCUUAACAGAUGAGCUGCGCCAGCAAGCAUGGCCUGUGCUGCUGGGACUACCAGUCAGAUUCCCAAGCGAUGAAGUCGAGAAGUCGUCCAGCGACAGGCACGAGGUGGUGCGCCUGACCGCCUCAGAGUUCAUCGACGACUCAUGGAAAGAUCUCAAACCUCACAAAGAGGAAGAGCAAGUGAAACUCGAUGUGGCCAGAGCCUUCGUGUACUAUCCAAAUUAUGAGUCCGACCAGGAGCGCACCCACCAGAAGAACGAGCUGUCAGACCUUAUCCUGUCCAUUCUGAGACGGUACCCAUACCUAUGUUACUUCCAAGGCUACCACGAUAUAUGCCAGGUCUUCCUCCUGGUCCUCCCGCCCUCCCUCCGUAGCCCAGCCGUGGCGCGGCUCUCGGCGCUCCGCAUUCGCGACUUCAUGCUCCCCAACCUGUCCGCAGCCAUCGCGCAGCUGCGGCUGAUCCCAGACAUCCUCCGGGCGGCUGACCCAGCCCUGUGGCGGCACCUCCCACAGACGGAGCCCUUCUUCGCGCUCUCGGGGACGCUGACCAUGUACGCGCACGACGUCCAGUCGCUGGGCGAGAUCGCACGCCUCUUCGACGUCCUGCUGGCCCGCGAGCCCGUCUUCUCCGUCUACAUGUUCGCCCAGAUCGUCAUCGGCCGCCGCGCGGAGCUCUUCGCCGUCCCCUCCGACGAGCCCGAGAUGCUGCACUCCAUCCUCUCCAAGCUGCCCCAGCCCCUCGACGUCGACCGCCUCGUCGCCGGCGCCUGCCGCCUGCUCGCCGACCACCCGCCCGAGUCGCUGCGCUCCUGGCGCUGCGGCGUCUCCCCCAACAGCGUCCUCAAGACCGCCCGCUCCACCCGCGACUGCGCCGGCCAGAGCCUCGAGGUCGGCGCCUACUUUUUCGGGCAGCAGAUCCUUGAGCUCCAGCGCGAGGAGAGGAAGAAGAAAGUCAUCGACGCCCUCUGGCGGUACAGGAAGCCGGCCAAGGCUGUCGGGGUCGCGGUCAUGUUCGGCGUGUUGGCAUACUGGAUACGUAGAUCGGCCAUGUCGAACGGGGUCGCUGCCGGUCCGGUCCGGUACAUGACAGCGUUGGUCUCUGCUUGGUGGCAGGAGUUCUAG